AUGCCAGAAGACAGGGCCCUCCUGCAGGAAUCAACAGAAAUCACGUUUAGGAGUGAGGAUAUGAAGGUGGGGCACCCAGAUCAUAGGAGGCCUCUCUAUUUAGCAGCAUCUAUAAAUCAAAUCCCCAUCAAGAGGGCCCUGGUGGAUACAGGUGCUUCUGUAAACCUCAUACCGUUGAGCACCUUGCAAGCCGCAGGAAUUUCUGAGAAAAAGAUCCAAGGAUGCCUAAUGGAAGUAACGGGGUUCGGAGGAAGAGGAAGUUUGGGAAAAGAAGAAGAGAAGGAUGAGGCAGUUGCAGCAGAAAAGGAUAUCCAAGUUAUGGCAGAGGAAGAGUUGGAAGAAGUUGACUUAGGGUUUGACUCGCGAGAACCAAGGCCAAUCUCAAUUAGUGUAAGCCUGACAGAAAAGGAGAAGUCAGAACUCAUACUGUUGUUGAAAGAAUUCAAAGACGUUUUUGCUUGGGAUUACAAUGAAAUGCCAGGGCUCGAUCCCAGACUUGUUGCGCAUACAUUGAAUGUGGGCCCAGAGGCCAAGCCAGUGGCCCAACCUGCCAGGAUAUUUCACACAGAAAUAGAAUGGCAGAUAGUCAAAGAAGUGCAAAAGUUGCUAGCCGCAAGAUUUAUCAAGCCUAUCCAACAUCCUCGCUGGCUAUCCAACAUAGUACCAGUAAAGAAGAAGAACGGCCAGAUAAGAUGCUAUGUAAAUUUCAGAAAUCUCAACAAAGCUUGUCCAAAGGACGAAUUCCCAUUGCCGAAUGUUGAGGGCCAUUUGUGGAAGUCCAGAUAG